CUGAAACAGUCAUUGUUUCUUACAGUGACUCACUCUCUGAGAUAUUUCUACUCUUCUUCCUCUGGAGUCUCAAACUUUCCAGAGUUUGUAGCUGUUGGUUUGGUUGAUGAUGUUCAGAUGAUUCACUAUGACAGCAACGCACAGAAAGCAGAGUUUAAGCAGCAGUGGAUGGAGAAAGCUGCAGAAGAUGAUCCAGAGUACUCAGCACGCCAGACUAACAGGCUCAUGAACACCCAGCAGGUCUUUAAAGGCAACAUCGACAUUUUGAAGCAGCGAUUCAACCAAACUGGAGGUGUUCACAUUAACCAGAUGAUGUACGGCUGUGAAUGGGACGAUGAAACGGCUGAAGUUAACGGAUAUCAUCAGUAUGGCUAUGAUGGAGAAGACUUCAUAUCAUUUGACCUGCAGACAGAGACAUGGAUCGCUCCAGUAACGCAGGCUGUAAUCACCAAACUCGAGUGGGACAGUGACAGAUCUGUUUCAGGUGAUCUGAGGAACUAUCACACCAAGCUUUGUCCUGAGUGACUGAAGAAGUACGUGAACUAUGGGAGGAGCUCUCUGAUGAGGACAGCUGUUUUGAUUUGGGAGGAUUUUCAAUCGGACCGACAGGGAAAGCCUCGCGUCAUUACUGCUGCAAUUAUUGGGUGCAGGUUCCUAGAAACUCAGUUUGGGUAUUCUUGUUGCAGUGGUGUGCAUGUUUAUCAGGAGAUGUACGGCUGUGAAUGGGAUACUGAAACAAAUAAUGUGACCGGCUAUGAUCAGCUGGGUUACGAUGGCGAGGACUUUUUGGCGUUUGACCUUAAGACAGAGACGUGGAUCGCUCCAAAGCAGCAGGCAGUCAUCGCUAAACAGAAGUGUGACUCUGACAGAGCUCUCUCAGCCAGACAGAAGAACUACUUCACUCACAUUUGUCCCGAGUGGCUGAAGAAGUAUCUGAACUAUUCAGGGAGCUCUCUGAGGAGAACAGUUCUUCCCUCAGUGUCUCUCCUCCAGAAGUCUUCCUCCUCUCCAAUCACCUGCCACGCUACAGGUUUCUAUCCACACAAAGCCAAACUGUUGUGGAGGAAAGAUGGGAAAGAGCUUCAUGAGGGUGUGAACAGAGGAGAGAUCCUGCCCAACAAUGAUGGGACCCUCCAGAUUUCUGCUGAUCUGGAUCUUUCAUCAGUCAAACCUGAGGACUGGAGGAGCUACGAUUGGUUUCAGCUCUGUGGUGUGAAUAAGGACAUCAUCACCAGACUGGACAGAGCAGUGAUCAGAACCAACGAAGGAAAUUCCCUCUUCAUGAUCAUCCCCAUGAUUCUUGCUCUGGGUGUUCUUGCUGUCAUCACUGUGAUUGGAUUCAUUAUCUACAAAAAGGAGACAGAUGAGAGGACAAAGCAGAUUUUGUAGGACUUUGAGUUGAUGCUUUCUUUUAUUCACAUUGAACACUAAAUCUGUUUGUGGUGGGGUGUGGUUGGCGGUGCUGCUGCAGGGGAGGUGAACGCACCUGCAGGGCAUCUGCAAUGAUGCCUCGCCGGGUUAAAAGUGUCCUGGAUUUCAGUGUUGUUGUUGGUGUGUAUGUUCGCGAGCAACUGGAAAGCCGCAACCGCGUGUUAACAGCAACCGUGUGAAUAAAAUGAUGCUGAAAAGCAUACAGAUGUCGUCGAGUCUCUCAUCGCUUUAUCACACUGUUUCAUCCAGCAGUUAUUACAGUAAGGCUCAGAGCCAGACUGAGAAUAUGACUGUUGGAUAAUAAGACAAGAUCACAGAGUUAAAUCCAUAAUGUUUAACAAACCCUGUUUUUUACUUUCUUUCAUUACAGACAAACGACCUCCAUCUCCUGUAGAAAACCGUGAGGUCCAAGAGAAAAUGAUUCCUUGUGAAGCCUAAAUGACAGACAUCACUGCUCACAGUGAGUUCAUACAUUAAAUGGACUUUUUCCUGGGUAGUGUAACAGCCUUCCAAUGUAUCGGAGGUCAAGGUUCAUCAACGUGGGGUCAGCUGGCUGCCUGACUACACUGGAUGAACAGAUUUUUCCAUUAAUACAUUUUGUCUUCCCUGAUGACACGGACAAGAUCCUGAUGCCAGGAGUCAUCAGGCUCAAGUUACUAUUGAAGUGGUUCAUGAAACAUCAUUUUCAACAUGUGCAUUUCACUGAAAUAAAUAUGUGAAACAGUAUAAGCUUAAUGAAGUGAAUGCAUGCCAUCAUCAAAGUUAAAGGCAGCUCAGUGAAACAUUAGUGUGACUUUUGUUGGCCAGAAACUGUAAAGCUUUCAUAAAAUGUGUUCCGCUUUCCCCCUUUUUUUAUCUCUGUUUUUGUGUGUGAUUUGAUGUUAAAAAAAUCACAAUGUAUUUUUUAUUUAGUUUUACAAUUGUUGCUGUUUUGUGUGAGUUUAGGUGAGAUUUUUAAGAGAACAGAUGUUUCACUUCUGUGGUUUGGAUAAAUAUUAACACCAAUAAGAAUGUUUACAAAAACACCAAGCUGACAAAAUUAGAACAAAUAGUUUUGCUUUAACAGUAUUAUGGGUAAAUUCUCAAUUUGCAGUUUUUACUUUAAUGACUUUAAUGUAUUACAAUGUAAAUAUGCUGAUUUGCAGAAAUGAAAAUAAUGUUUUCUUGUUUUUUCUUUUUAAAUUUUUGUGUAAAUUUUGCGCUGAAACGAGGACUGUUACCUCGUUACCUCUAAACUGUGAAUCAUUGUUUUUCCAUCAUGCUUGUUGACUUUAAUUUAAAUUAAAUAUUUCCAGUAUCAGUUGUAUAAAUGUAGAUAUACAUAAACAGAAACACACAGGUCCACCUACAUGCAUGACACUUAUAUACUCACAGGGUUUGGUGAUUUAUUUCCCGUAACGUAACAUUUGUGGAUUUUCACAUUUUUAACUGGAGACUUUAAAUCACCGAAUUUAUUAGAGUAAACUAUUUUUUAACUUACAAAUCUGAUGAUAAAGGUUGCUUCGUCUCUGCCCUGGUGUGUGAGGACUGACUCCACUCUUGUCUUAUUUUAUCUCAGUGAGAACGCAGGACAGGAAAUGGAUGGAUGGAGUUCUUUGUCACUGUGUUUAGUAGCUUUUCAAUAAUGCUGUGAACACAUUUUUCAUUCCUUUUGUUCCCUGUGUGCUCACUGACUUUGCCUCCUGUAUUGUCUGGUUUUGCUAGUUUUUAUUAUUUUGUUCUACCUUUACUCUUAUUUUGUUGGACAAAUUUAUCACCUUUUUAUAUAAACCUGUUUAGUUUUCUUUCAAAUGUCAUUUCAAAUAUUUUGAGACUGAAGUGUGUUUUCAGCACUAAUGAAUGCUGAUGAAAUACUUCCUUCUCGUAUUUCAGUACUUUAAGGGUGUUUUUCUCUCUCUUGUAAACAUUUUUUUUUAUAUCUGGUGUUUGUUUAUUAGAUAAAUGUAAGUAUUGCUGUUAAUUUAUUUUCUAUGUUUGUUAUGAUGACUUUUUAAUAAAAUCCACAAUAUUCUUA